CACUUUCACAGGAUCACACUCUCGUUCUCACAUGGGAUAUCUCACAAAAAACAGGUGAUGUGCUUAAUGCAAAAUACGAAGAAGACAUUGUGUUCAUGAUUUGUAUGACUGUUUAUUGGAAAGAUGAUCAUGAACUGUUAAAACAAAUCUGUCUUAUUGAUGUUGAAACUGCGUCAGACUCACGCUUGAUCACAGUUGUAUCAUUAAAAGAAACUAAUGCCAUAACGGCUGAGCAGAUGCGUGAAGUGGCCAAAUACUGCAUUAUCGAUGCUCUUAGCUAUCAGCGGUUAAUGAUCAAGUGUAAUGUAAUUAAUGAAUAUAGGGAGGUUACAAGUAUAGUAUUUAUAUCAUUAUUCGAUACGCAUUAUUUUGCAAUAGGAAUGAAAGUGCAUAAUCUUUUAAGUGCCGGUGCGUGGCAGGAAGGAAUUUUAACUAGUACAAUUCCAUGUAAACAAACAGAAACAGGAAAAUACCCUGGAGUCUAUGUUUUCCCACCAUCUAUAGAGCAUGGAAACCAAGCUGAAAUGAAAGGCCUUUAUCCAAAAAAAAGAAGAAUUAGAAAGGAAAUUAGUUUGGUAGAAGCAAGGGGCGAGAACAUUACAGAUGCUUUAAAAUCUGAAUGCUCUUUAGUUUCCUUUAUUGACGCCUGUCUAGACGUAAAAUCACUCACCUUAAAAGUGUAUAUAAAUACAUUUUACGGUGAAGCUAAGAAUAGCGGGUUCUCUUUCUUCUUGCAAGUAUUAGCAGGUGGGGUAACAUCAGCUGAUUCCUUAUAUCUUGUCUGUUCAGAAGAAUGCUUUCAGAAAUGUGAUGAGGCAUAUGAUAAUGGUAAUGGGAUCUCGAAAGAAGAAUAUUGGUCUAAAAUGGUAAAUACCUCUAUGGAAGUAAUAGAAAGACUUCGUGAUGAAGUUAAUAACUUUCUCAGAAAUGAUAAUGGAUCAUCUUAUCUUAAAAUGGCGUAUAAGAAAGUCUUAUUUCUAGUAGUAUUUACUGGAAAGAAAAAAUAUUAUGGCAUCCCACAUAGAAGAGAGUCUAACUUUAAUAAUAAGCUUUUCAUUCGAGUGGUUGAAGUUGUAAAGUGGAGGCAGUCUAAACACUUUUGUGAGGUGGGUAAGAAGGUCAUGAAUGAAUCUAUGAAGAUGGAUAAUUUACAUACCUUAUAUCAGAUUGUAAAAGACGUGCUCAAAGAGAUCAUAAAUGAUAUUUUACAGAUAGAUCUUAAUGGGAUAGUUAAAACUGCUGUGUGGAAACCCGAUAAAAAUAAUAAGAAACUAGGCGAAUGCUUUGAAUAUAUUGUAGUUGAGAAUGAUUUAUCAUGCCUAAGUGCCUCUGGCCAGAGGGUAGGCGAUAAUAUGGAGUAUCUAGAAGUAUUAAAAGAUGGUAAUAAAGCAGCUGAACUGGAGGAGGAGAACUAUCAUCUUCAUAGUGAAUUACAGACAAAGUGUGAGCAGGAAAUUCAAGAUCCCAAUAAAGACAUAGAGCGUCAUGAGAAUGCUUCAGAAGAAGAAAUAGCAAAGCUAAGAUCUGAAAUCUCUAGUCUAAAAACAGUUAGUAAAAUCUGA